GUUGCUACCUCAAAAGAGGAAGGAAAUCACAAUGAAGAAGAAUGGGACAUGCAGGCUUCUUGUGCGACAGUGGAGAUAAAAGUUGAAGUUGAGGCUAACAAAGUGGCUUUGUCAACUUCCAACCAAAGUAGAGUUGACUACAUCAAAAAUUGGAUAAUUGACUCUAGAGCUGCUAGUCACAUGACAGGAGAUGAGGAAAAGCUAUUGAACUUGUUAGAAUAUAAAGGAAACAGAGUGGUAGUGACAACUGAUCGAUACUCGACUUCCAAUCAAGCAAAUUGGAGAUGCAGUGAUAACACCAUGCACGAGCUCUCAACAAGUAAAGGUGAAAAAUGUCCUCCAUGUAUUCGGGAUGAAAAAGAAUUUGUUGUCUAUGGCACAACUUACAACUCUUGGAAAUUAUGUGGUGUUCGAACUGGAGGAUGUGAAGCAUAUGUGGACAGGACCAGCAAGAAUGACACUGUUGACUUGUGGCAUGCACAUCUUGGGCAUAUUAGUUAUCUUAGAUUGCAGGAAAGCACAUCAACUUCCAUAUCAGGAUUCCAAGUUCAAGGCCAAGGAACCACUGUAGUUGAGUGCAUGAAGACUGCAGCCCAUGUGAUUAACAAGCUUCCUCAAGUUACUUGGGGAUUUAUAUCACCUUUUGAGAAGCUGUGGAACAUUAAGCUAGUGUUAGAUGCAUUUUUCUUGGCUAUGGUGACCAAAGGAAAGGAUGGAGGUGGUGACCCAAAUACUGGACGUUGUUGUGUUUCUAGAAAUGUUGUGUUUGAUGAAGCUUCUUCUUGGUGGUCUCUGCAAGAGCCAAAUCCUAAGUAUGCUAAUAUUGCUCUUAUUGAAGCAAGUCGGGUGACCAAACCGGAGAACUAUCAGGAAGUUGCACAAAGUAUUGAAUGGAGAAAAGCAAUGGAAGAGGAGAUAAAGGCUUUAAAGCAAAAUCAGACUUGGGGAUUAGUACCCAAGCCAAAUGAUGUAAAGCUAGUAUCUUGCAAAUGGGUCUACAAAGUUAAGACUCGACCAGACGGGAAGAUAGAGAGUUAUAAGGCCAGGCUUGUUGCUCGAGGGUUCUCUUAACAAUAUGGGAUAGACUAUAAUGAAACUUUCAGUCUGGUGGCUAAGAUUAAUAAUGUUAGAGUCUUGCU